AUGAAAUUUGCUGGAUUUUUCGUCUACGUUUCCAAUGACACGUCCAGGAACAACGGUUUUCUUUGUUUUCAUCAAAUACAGAAUAAGACUGGUACACCUACAGAGGACCAAACUAUAAGCUGUCCGGUAAACGGCCGUUAUGUAAUAUACUACAACGAACGAAGACCGGAUGUGACGUAUCCAGAUUACUAUUCACAGUAUGCAUACACUUAUUUGUGUGAAUUGGAGGUGUAUGGAUGCCCUGGUUCUAGAUAUUUCGGAAAAUAUUGUGAGCAAUCAUGUCCAGAAAACUGUCAUGAGCUGAGAUGCAAUAUGUUUACAGGAAACUGCUUUAAAUGUAAACCUGGAUAUGAUGGUUCUCACUGUCAAAAAUGUGACGAUGGAAAAUAUGGUGCAAACUGCAACAAACCCUGUGGACACUGUCUGAAUGAAUCACAAUGUCACCAUAUAAACGGUUCCUGUGUACAGGGGUGUUCACCUGGAUAUAAGGGAGAGUUCUGUAAAAGUAAAUGUGACGUUGGAAUGUUUGGUGUUAACUGCAAUGAAAGCUGUGGCCAUUGUCAAAAUGAUGGGCAAUGCCAACAUAUAAACGGUAGUUGCUUACAAGGAUGUUCAGUCGGGUACCAAGGCGUUCGCUGCACCGACGAAUGUUACGGUGGAAUGUACGGAGCUGGUUGUGGUAAAACAUGCGGUCAUUGUCUGGAUAACUUACAAUGUCAUCACGUUAAUGGCGUAUGUUUAGAUGGAUGUUCUUCUGGAUAUAAAGGAUCUCUCUGUAUAAAAAAAUGUGAAGAAGGAAAGUAUGGUUUGAACGUCAGUAACAGCUGUGGAAAUUGUCUUCACGGUACACAAUGCCACCAUGUAAACGGCACUUGCUUAAAAGGAUGUUCAGGUGGAUACCAAGGGAUGCUUUGUACUCAAA